AUGGCCCUUGUGGAGACCGCUCCAUUCGGUGGCCGAUGCGACAGGUACUGCGAAAGCUUUGGCCAUGUCUGUGUGGCUGCGGCAGAGGAACAGAACGAGAAUUGCGAGAUCAAGUACACCAAGCCCUGCGAUCAGCCCAUCGAAGAUACAUCAGACAUGCUGUGCAAGUGCGUCAAGGAAAACGCACCGCCUACUUGUCCGGCUCCUCCGGCGCCCCCUACGUCCACACCCAAGCCCACGCCUUCUCCCGGCAAGCGAAUUCAGGUGGUGGGAAACCAGCUGCUGGUGGAUGGCAAGCCGCUGCACCUGAAGGGAGUCGCCUGGAAUCCGGUUCCGAAAGGAGGCCGGCAUCCACAAGACCUGGACUUCGCCCGCUUCGUGGAGGAGGACUCGCAGAUCAUGCAGAGCAUGGGCAUCAACGCCGUUCGCACCUAUGAGCCCAUCACCGAAAAAUGGAUCCUUGACACGCUUUGGCGACGAGGCAUCUGGGUGGUGAACAGCGUCUACAACUGGGGCGGUGCCGCAGCAAACUCCGCUGCAGACCCUGUGAAGGCUGUGAAGGAUCAUCCGGCCAUCUUGAUGUGGUCCAUCGGAAACGAGUGGAACUACAACGGCCUUUAUGUGGGCAUGAGCUUCUUCGACUGCAUCGCCAAAAUCCGCGAUGUGGCGGAGGUUGUGAGGCAGCUGGACACGGACCACCCCAUCUCCUCGAUUUACGGGGACACCGGGAAGCUGGACCAGGCCUCUGAGGCGCUACCGGAGAUUGAUGUCUGGGGCAUCAACGCCUACCGUGGAAUCAGCUGCCAGUCUGGGCACGCUGCAUCGCGUAGGGCUUAUAGGGUUUAG